GUUUGCGUGCUCUUACAAUUAUCUGUACGUAGAUCUGUCUACGUACAUACUGGUAGCUAGCUACUAGAGAAUGGCUACUGUAACUCUCUUUCUCUGCUGUCUGCUGGGAAGUGUUUCUCUUGUGUAUGGACAGAAUUUGAUUCGACUGGCAUUACCAAGUGACCCCCCUACCACUGACCGCACUGGACAGAUCAUCUCAUUCUCUGAUUUUGGACCAGGAGUUGGUACUAAUCCACCAGUCUGGCAUUGCUACAAUGACAACAAUGCUCGUGUAUCGUGGGUGUUCCCUGAUGGGAGUGCAGUACCCAUAGUUUUCGGCAGGGAUGCAACUGGGAUUGAAAUGUUCAUCAGUGGUGUUACUGGAGCUGUUGUUCUGCAUCGUGGUCCCACACACUACAGUCCUGAUGGAGAACACUGCUGUAGGAGGAAUGACAAUUCACUGAGGAUAUGUGUCACCUUCACUCCCUGCCCCACACUGAGUCCCCUCACUAACUCUAAUGGAAUGAUCUCAUACGACCCUGACACCAACAUAGCCACCUACGGCUGUGUCCCUGGGUACGCACCAACCAUCACCAGUGGAACAGCACAGAGGACUUGUGAGAGUGAUGGUACUAGUGCUGGUACCUGGACUGGAACACCAGCUACAGUUACUUGUACAAUCGUCACCUGCCCUGUCCUAACCUCCCCUACCAAUGGAGGUGUGUCCACCCCUAGUCGGGACUACCUCACCUUUGCUGCAUACAGCUGUGAUACUGGCUACUUCCUCACUGGUAGUGCUACUAGACAAUGUGAAGCUACUGGUCAGUGGUCACGAGUGGCACCAACUUGUUCACCUGUUGACUGUAGACCUCUGGCUAUUGCCAAUGGAAUAGUGGACACAUCCUCUGGAACCACCUUUGGGAGCACUGCUACCUACACCUGUAACACUGGAUACAACAUUGUUGGUAGCGAGAUCAGAACUUGUGGAGCAAGUAUAACAAGUGGACCAACUGGAGUUUGGAGUCCAGCUGCACCAGUUUGUGAAAUUGUCAACUGUGGUUCCCUGGACGCCCCCUCCAAUGGAGCAGUGGACACAUCCUCUGGAACCACCUUCAUGAUGACUGCUACCUACACCUGUAACACUGGAUACACUCUGACUGGAGCAAACACUCGGACUUGUGGGAGUGGUGGAAUGUGGAGUGGCAGUGAUCCAACCUGUUUACAGCUCCUAGCUGUGAUCAGCCCCAGUGGUGGUCCAAUGGCUGGUCAGAGUUUCUCCCUCACUUGUUCCCUGAGUGGAGGGGCCUCUCUACAACCCACCCUCUCCUACCAGUGGACGAGGGAGGGAGGGUCACUCAUGACCAGCACAGCAACCCUCAACUUUGACACUCUCUACUUGUCAGACGCUGGUCAGUACAGCUGUCAGGUCAUCCUCACCUCCAGUCAGCUUGAGGGGGGACACACUGUAGCUGCUCACUACACCAUUGAGUUCAUGACACUCAACAUUCAACUUCGUCUGGAUGUAAUAACAAACUGUGAGGUGUACAUUGAGUCAGAGACAAUGGCCAAAGCCAGUGGCAUCACUACCAGACUAUCUCAAGGUGUUGAAGGAUUGUGUGCUUGUGGGUUCAGCCCCUCCCUUCUCACUGACGAGUUCAUCAAUUGUUUUGAUGGUUCCUCUAGUCAUGUGACCUACAGAGCUGUACUGACUGGAACAGAAACUGCAUCUGCUGUGGAACUCAUUUCUUUAAUUGAACAAUGGAUCAGCGACACUUCAAGCAUCAUAGUACAAAGUACCCGACUUGGUUUGACAAACACUUGCCCUGUGCUGAUCACUGACAGAGACAGUCCAGAGUGCCCUGAGGACAUCACUAAUCGGACAACUGCUACUACCUCACCCACAGAGAGUGUAGUGGUCAAUGUUGGUGCAGUGGCUGGUUGGGUGGUUGCUGGAGUCUUGGCCAUUGUUGUGCUAGUACUGAUCAUAUUGCUUGUGCUGGUUAUGCUGUUGUUACUAAGGCUACGGAGGUCUGGAUCCAAGGACAUGAGUGAUGAGAAGACAGGCAACCAACCAACACAACUACCCCCAGUGGUGAUGAGUCAUCUCCCCUCCCAUGAUUACGAGGGGUUGAGCAAACUACAAGAGGAGGCUACCUAUGAGGUGGUGGACCAGCCACGCCCCCCUCCUCCUGCAGACUACCAGCUCUCAGCCUGUGCAGCUUAUGCAUCCACUGACUGCAACACAGAGAACAAUUUGUUUCCUGCUUCCUGCACCAAUCGAUUACACAUGGCAGGAACUAAAUAUAGCCACAAAGCAGCCACGUGGCUUUGCUUAGAAACUUCAACACAAACAAAUUUAGAUAAAUUUACAUGCCACAGCAAACUGAACUGACAAAUUGUUGCAAAAGUAUGAGAUGAAUUUGAACAUGUUCAGUGCUAUCUUAUAGGAUUGAUGAACAUUUAUAUGUAAUUAUUUUUCGUGUCGAUCCAUUGAGAGUCGAGAAAUGCAUCGUUGAAAAUGCUGUAUAAAAAACCACAAAAUAGUACUAGUUGGAGAGAUGUGAGCACACAAUAAGCCACAUUUUGUGUAUUACAUCCAACAGAUGUCCUCCUCAAUACAUUCUAAGCAUUGUCCAAAUCAGUCGUACUUGUAUUCUGUGUGGUAGGAAAAAUAUGCUAUUAUUACAGGUCAAAAAUUUUUUUAAUCAGGAAUUGCCUGAACAGACCACUGUAUAUGCUUACCCCACUGUAGAGAAGCUCAGCUAACCUACCCAGCUUAUUUAGUAUACCUAGCAAGUGG